AGACUGUGUGGUAGGGAGCAUGGUGACCCUAGUGACCUCCCUCAAUAAACCGCUCCAUCACUGAAGGGACGCAUCCAACAUCUAUACUGGGAUCAGACAACCUUUCAAUGUCAUUGCUCCGAGCUGAUUUUUCAAGAUAAUUACAGACCAAAGUUGAUACAGUGAAUGACAUGGACCGGAAUGAGGAUGUUGCCAUGACAAAGAAAGCGGCCCACACCAGCAGCACACCUGUGCGCAACUGCACCACCAAGAGUUGCCUGGAGUCCAACGGCGAUGCCGCCGAAGCCGCAGACUUGAAACUCAAUCACGUCGCCAUGGAUGAGGUGGAUGACGGGGAGGAAGAGACCAAGUUUCAGCAUCCUCAUCUGAGGAGAGCCGGAGGAGGGAGUUGCAUCCAGAAUAAACACUGCACGCCAGGAGGGGGAGCCGCGUCACGGAGGAGCUCCGCGCACCACGAGCAGUCCACGUCCACAGAUGCGCGCCUGGGUGAUGCUGCUGCUGCUGCUGCGGGUCGGAGCGGAGGAGGUGGAGGUCGAACGUCUACCGUAGAGGUGGAGGCUUGUAAUGUUGCAGGUGACGGUGACAGCAACACCUCAGCACCAAUUUCCAGCAUGAAAUGCAACAAAAACGGGGAAUGCAGGCGGGACUCCGGCACGGGGAGUCUCCGGUCCAUCAUGUCCAAGCCGGAUGGGAGUAGACGCGCCGCUUGCAAUUCAACGACCAGCAUGGACGGGAUCGGAGCCCUUACUCAGGGGCAGGACGCGUCAAACCCCACAUGUGUCCCGGAGAAGAAGGACUCGAAAGUGUCCUUUUCCAACGCGCCGAGUCGGAAAGCUUCUUCCUCCAUCCACGGCGCCCAGCAGCCCAGGAACUCGGUGACAUUUCUCAAAUCCGAGGAUGCUCCUCAGGUCGUGGCCGAGGAUAGCGAGACUCAGGGCAGCCAGGCGAGCUUCAUGCAGCGGCAGUUCAGCAGCAUGCUGCAGCCCGGGGUCAAUAAAUUCUCCUUACGCAUGUACGGGAGUCAGAAAGCGGUGGAGAAGGAGCAAGAACGGGUGAAAUCGGCGGGCAACUGGAUUAUUCACCCCUACAGUGACUUCAGGUUCUACUGGGAUUUCACCAUGCUUCUUUUCAUGGUGGGCAACCUGAUCAUUAUACCUGUCGGCAUCACAUUCUUCAAAGAAGAGACCUCCACGCCGUGGAUCCUCUUCAAUGUGGUCUCGGACACCUUCUUCCUUAUGGACCUGGUGCUCAAUUUCCGUACGGGCAUCAUUAUCGAGGACAAUUCCGACAUCAUCCUGGACCCCAAAACCAUCAAGAAGAAGUACUUAAGGACCUGGUUUGUGGUGGACUUUGUCUCGUCCAUUCCAGUGGAUUAUAUCUUCCUGAUUGUGGAGAAGGGCAUAGACUCAGAAGUGUAUAAGACGGCGCGUGCUCUAAGGAUUGUGCGUUUCACUAAGAUCCUAAGUUUGCUGAGGCUACUGCGGCUUUCUCGGCUAAUACGCUACAUUCACCAAUGGGAAGAGAUCUUCCACAUGACCUAUGACCUGGCGAGUGCAGUGAUGAGGAUAAUUAACCUGAUCGCGAUGAUGUUGUUGCUGUGUCACUGGGAUGGGUGUCUACAGUUCCUGGUGCCCAUGCUGCAAGACUUCCCCUCAGACUGCUGGGUAUCCCUCAACAAGAUGGUGAAUGACACGUGGGGUGAGUUGUACUCGUUUGCAGUGUUUAAAGCAAUGAGUCACAUGUUGUGUAUUGGUUACGGUCGUCAGGCUCCAGAGAGUCUCUCUGAUAUCUGGUUGACAAUGCUCAGUAUGAUUGUGGGUGCCACCUGCUACGCCGUCUUCAUCGGACACGCUACGGCCCUCAUCCAAUCACUGGACUCCUCGCGACGUCAGUACCAGGAAAAGUACAAACAAGUGGAGCAGUACAUGUCCUUCCAUAAACUACCAGCAGAUUUCCGACAGAAGAUCCAUGAUUACUAUGAACACCGUUACCAGGGUAAAAUGUUUGAUGAAGAAAGCAUCCUUGAGGAACUAAACGAGCCGCUCAGAGAGGAAAUAGUGAACUUUAACUGCCGUAAGCUGGUGGCUUCGAUGCCCCUGUUCGCCAACGCCGAACCCAACUUUGUGACAGCCAUGCUUACAAAGCUCCGUUUUGAAGUCUUCCAGCCAGGCGAUUACAUCAUCCGUGAGGGCACCAUUGGCAAGAAAAUGUACUUCAUUCAACAUGGCGUCGUUAAUGUUAUUACCAAAGGAACUGUCGGCAUGAAACUUUCUGAUGGCUCCUACUUUGGAGAGAUCUGUUUGCUGACGCGAGGUCGUCGCACAGCGAGCGUGCGAGCAGAGACCUACUGUCGGCUGUACUCUCUCUCCGUGGAUAAUUUUAAUGAGGUGUUGGAGGAAUACCCCAUGAUGAGGAGGGCGUUUGAGACCGUGGCCAUUGACCGACUGGACCGCUUAGGAAAAAAGAAUUCCAUCCUAAUGAAUAAAGUACAGCACGACCUCAACUCUGGCAUCUUGAAUAACCAUGAGAACGAGAUGAUCCAGGAGAUUGUAAAGUACGACCGUGAGAUGGUGAAGCUGAUAGACCUGCAACGUCCACGUGCCUUGUCCAUGACGCCGUCCAUCCCCGGCGGGAUGUUCGCACCACAUGGCCAAUCACAGGGCAGCUCUGCCAUUGCUUCCCUCCAGCAGGCGGUCGCGAUGAGCUUCUGUCCCCAGUUUGGAGGCCCUAUGGUAGGGCCAAGCACCUUGCAGUCACCCAGGAUGGUCCGACGGUUCCAGGUGGUACAAAACCUUGCCAGCCCAGUCGCCAUUUCUCCCCAGCAGGGGCAGCCACCGAAUUCGGUACCAUUUGGAGCGCUUGCUGCUGUAGCUUUGGCGAGUACGCCGGUGCAAAGUCCGCUAGUAGCAGCGGCAACUGGUGGACGCACAUUCCAGUAUGGUGGUGGCCAAAUGGGUGGCCGUUCCGGCUCUCAGUUGUCGCUUAUCCAACAGCACGUUCCCAGUCCCACACGGCCCACCCCACUCAAGAGCUCCCACCCAUUGCACCAAACGGGCAGCUUGACCCAGGACGCCAGAGCUCUGUCUGCUUCCCAGCCCUCUCUGCCUCAAGAUGGCACUCCACCUGUUGCACCGAGCCCACCGCCAUCAACUCACGUUUCCUCUACAUCGAUUGGCACUCCACAACCACCUCAUCCAGCCAUCCCCGGGCCUUCUGGAAUUAUGAGUGCAGUUCCUCAGAGAGUGACGCUACCCCAUCAAGCGGCAACAGCAGCAGCAGCGGUUGUAAAUUACCCAUCCACACCACCUCCUACAGGUACUCCACCUGGCGUGGUAGGACCGGCACCUGUGGACUCCAAAAUACGCAAGAAAGAUUCCAUAGUCAGCCUUCCUGAGACGGACUACACAGCCAGAUCCAGGCUAUCGUCCAAUCUCUGACGAGAACUCCGGGACUGUUUGUGAUACUUUUGUGAGUCUCAAUUGGUUUGUUUUUGCCCAGGCUCUACCCGAGUUCUGUACGCUUAGGAGCCACCAUGGAGAAGGUAAGCUUGGUGGCUUUUCAUGGGAAUCAGUAGACUUACCACUACUAGUUUUAAAGUCUACGCUACAAAUAGUUUGACGAGGUUGGAUGCCUCGAUUCCACUUGCUCGUGUAGUUAGCGCCACCCCUGUAUAGCUUCCAAAGCUUCUUGAUAUAUUUGUCUUUAUUGUCCCGAGUGAAGAGGAGAUAUCCUGUUGUGUUUUAUGUGGUGUAUUCCAUAGAGUUCAUACAAUGCAAUCGGGCCUGGGCUGCGACAACAAGAAAAUCAAGGACUUGCAAGAAAUGACAAUGAGGAAAUUAACGCUUUGCAAAAGUGUUUUGGACGGUCUCCAUUCUUUCUUUAGAGGCUCUACUUGUAGCAAUCUAAUUAACUUUCUUUCACAUUCUUGUAAAAUAUCAAUGAAAAAGGAUUAUGGACCGCUGGUCGAUCUUAUAUCUAAAUGUAAAUAAGAAGGGAUAAAAGGUAAAAUGUUAUAAUUGAAAAAUAAUUGUAAUUACUCGAAAACCAAAGUUAAGCUCGAACACAAAUUUUGGUUGUGUCUGUGUCAACUGAGAAAAACAAGUCAAAUGAAAAUGUCCUCAAUUUAACUGCCUUGAUUCCAAGUUUAGAAGCCAUAUUCAUGGUUUGUGUGUUUGUGUACGUGUGUAUUUGUUUGUGUGCUUGAUCAUAUAUGCUUAUCAUUUAUUUUAUCUAUAAAUCUGUUUUCUCAAAAGGGAGUGUAAUACACAUGUAGUGGAAUGCUUGUAUUUUUAUGUUGUUUUGUCUGGUUUGUUGAGUGGGUUACUUGAAAAAGGCAAUACUUCACUGCAUCAAGGUUGCACAUGAGUGUUAAGAAAUUGGUGUUCGCGUUUAAAUAAGCAAACAGAAAAAUGAGGAAAGCCAAAAUAAUCGUGUUGUUUUAUGUGAUCCGUGUUGAUCAGUACAUGCAAUAUAAUCCUGCAAUAUUCUUACUCUGCCUUUUUAUAUAAAAACAUCAUAUCGCAGCAUUAGCAGUUUAUUCAGUGUUAUUUCAAGAAUGUUUAAAACUUCAUAAUUUAAGGCGCUGAAUUAGGUGACACAACUUUUGUCUUCGUUUUCUAGAGUUUAUGUAAACGUAAUUGUUUUUGCUUUACGUUUGUAAGGGUCUACGGAAGUCGUAAGUUUCAGUGUAAUUUGAUGAAGGAAAUAGGUUUUAUUACGUAAUAGAUUUCUCUCGAUUGAUUUUUAACAUGUUGGGAAUAGCUAUAGAUGAAGUUACUGUUUAAAAACAAACACUCUGCUCCACCACUUCCGGGUUUUUUUGGCAGCGCAGAAAACAACAGCUGUCUAUGAGCACUUUGCUUAAACUGAGCAGAAAAUUCCCAAAAAUUGGGGUUGAAAAGCACGUUUCCGAAAGAUUAUUGGAGAUCUGGGCUUCUUUAAAAUUCCAUCAGGAUCGAUGGAUCAGGAUAAACUCAGGAUUUGACAUCGCGUCUGCUUGAAUGAGACCCACUUACCCCGCAGCUGCUUUUGACAGAUUUCAGCUUUUCACAAGGAAUUGUACAAACUCCGAUUGCAAACCACUGUUUUUAAUUUCCAAAGUGCAAUCUCUGUGACAGAUAUGAGGUCAAAUAUCUUGAACUUAUAUGAACAAAACCCAUGGAAGGUCUUACGUGAAGAACAAAACCCCGUUUUCACCAUCACAGCACAUAGGCUACUGUUUGUGAAAGGAUAUGCGAACAAAAAUAAUGUCAUGCUGCUAAAAUAAUGUGUUCGCAUUUAUUUUGAAUGCAGUAACAAUUGUUAAAUUGAAAAUGGCUGAUUAGUUUUGAACGUAAUAUGAUGAUAUUGAAGAUAUAUUAUUUACUGUAUGUGGCUUAAUAAUUAAAGCAGUAAAGACGUAUAUUGUUUGUCUGAUGGUAGUUUUAGGGUUAGGGUUACAUGUCCAAAAAAAUCAUACUGGCCUAUUGAAUCAAGUUAUAACUUGUAUUUGUGAUCAUUCAGAAAUAACCUACAUAGUUUCUUCACUUUAAACCAUAGAUAUCCCUUUAUAAUAAGUUUUAUUAACGUUAACAAACAUUAUUACAUGAUAAUGCUUAAAACAUUUUUAAAACGUCAGCGCUGCCCAUAUCCACCAUUGAAAUCUGCUGCUCAAAAGAGCCCGGAAGCGCGAUUGCCUGUGGUGUGAUUAAGUAAUUUUAACUAUAGUCACGGUGAUCAAUAAUGUAAAAAUAAAUAAAUAAAUAAAAAGUAAAAGUCAGAGAAGUUGAUUGUU